AUGUGCGGCUGUUGGCGACCUCGAUCUUGGGCAUCGACGUACAAGAAACUCCUGUACACCGUUUACACGGUCUUCGUGUUCACACUAUUGAACACUGUCAUGGUCCUUCAAAUCAUGGACUUGGUGUUGAACGUGGAAAAUCAAGAUGAACUGAGCGAAGGUUUCUAUAUGAUGCUGACGAUGUUCGUUGCUUGUCAUAAGAUGUAUAGUAUAUUGACGAGCAAGAAGAAUAUUGUUGCACUCACUCGUAUUUUGGAAAAUGAACCUUUUCUACCGGAAAAUGAGGAAGAAGUGGAUAUUCGGAAGAAAUUUGAUGAUAUUGCCCAAAAGCAAGCAUACGUAUACACGACCGCGAUCGAAGUGGCAGUGCUAUUUCAAUCAUGUGUCGGCGCGUUAAACAUGGGAGGGCAAAAAUUACCCUUCAGAAUGUGGUUGCCUCAGAAGUAUCUCUCACUGACAGUGCUGGUUAUUGCGAACAUUCAACAAGCUAUGUCGUUGAUCACGGGUGCGUUGGUGCACAUUGGCUGCGACAAUUUAAUCUGGGGACUGUUGCUUCACACUUGCAGUCAAAUCGAGAUUCUUGAGUAUCGUUUGAGGGCGAUUAAACCGGGAGAGAGUCAGUCUGCGAAAUCGUCCGCGCGGUAUCAUGAUCUCGUGUAUCGAUUCGCCAAAAUGAUAAACGAAGAGUUCAAAAUGGUAAUUGUCGUGCAGUUCACCGUGACUACAAUGAUCGUGUGCUUCAAUCUCUACCUACUCUUAACAACCGAAAAUAUGAACACGAAGUUUCUGAUAGUGGUUUUGUACACGUGCAGCAUGCUGACACAGAUAUUCAUUUAUUGUUGGUACGGGACUAAAGUUAAAAUGAAGAGUCUCGAAGUGUCAGACAUGGUAUUUAGAACUGACUGGAUGUUCUUCAGUAAGGAUGUGAAGAGAAUUCUGUACGUGAUCAUGAGACGUGCCAAUGUAUCUAUUGAAUUUAGAAGUGCUCACGUUGUUUCUAUGAAUCUCGAAGCUUUUGUGAACUUACUCAAAACCUCUUACUCGGCGUACAACGUGCUGAAUGGUAAAACUUAA